CGACCCACGAAAUGUAAACAAACAUGUCUGUCAACGACCAUGGAGUUACACGAUCCGAUUCAAGUGUCGCGUGCUUUAGCAGAACCACCGACUAUUCGUAUUUUUCAUCCCUUCUACGCGGACUCCAGCUUCAACCCCGACUUCGAUAUCCUGAUCGCCUUUCAAGGCUUUGACGAUGGAGGAAUCCAUUACGACACGGCGCACACGGCGUGUGCUAUCCUCGCUGACAACCAGUGGGAUGGCUACUUCUCUCGUGAUAUACACGGAAAGAUAAAGGUCCAUCCAGCAGACGGAGUACUUCGGGACCCGAGCUACUACUUUUGUCUCCCGUCAUCUUCUAACCCGUCGGCCGAUCCAUAUCCCGUUAUUCCCCGAUUCGAGGAUUGGCGAUUCCCUCACAAUAACCUACCACCUCUUUGGAUGCAAUUGAAAGAACAAUUGUUCGCGGAACAAGAGACGAAGCAGGCCCGAUCCGGACAUUGCUCUCUCAGCGACUGCGCUGAUGCCAUAGAAACCGCCCAUCGGGUGCCUACGACACAGUCCCACUGGUGGAGGAUAAACGUCAUGAAACAACAUGUUCGGGCUCCCCUUUUCUCGACGAACGAAAUCGACUGCCCAGCAAAUUCCCUCCCUCUUCGCUGUGACAUACGUAGAAUGUUUGAUGAGCGGCAUUUUACAUUUGCACCGAAGACCGCAAUCGCCCGAGAUCAAGAACGGAUGCUAUCGCCGCCACAAUAUACGACAAGUCGGCGUGACGGUCACGAUAACCUAACUAGCUGUCCCGAGCCGGAUCAGGACGGGAACCGAGGAUCUCAGGCCAAGAAUCCACCGAAAGCCCAAUCAGUGCCAUAUCUUGUUGGUCACGUUUUCAACUCCACGCCAGCUGGUCAAUUACCAGGGAGGUGGCAUGACCGGCGGUUGAAUACGCUGCCAUCAGCAUUAUCAGUCGAAUGCCUCUUUGCUCGAUUCGCUUGGACGAUCUUCGCGCCGUCCGUAUCCCGUUAGUUUCUGGAUGCUGGGGAGGGACGACGGCUUCUCGUGUGGAAUGAUGCCGUAAGAAGACAGGAGAUUGAGGAAGCAGACGCAGAAAGGUGUCGCGCCAUCUAUACAGCGGCGAGGUCGAGGAGUGAGAGCUGUUGACUUCAGCUACCUAUGAUACUUACGAUGGAAACGCAGCCGCCCGAAGAUACUUUUGCGACUGAUGAGAUGUUUCGCCCGUAAUAACAGUCAAGUUGCCUCGUGCAGAAACGGGGCCCAUUUCCACUUCUCCGAUCACCUUCGUUGAGUACAUUUGUACCACCAUCAAUCACCCUUCUAGAAAUGGGCCCAUUUCCACUCCAGCGCACCUGUUUUUACUAAACACGACUAAGACGCGAAACGCGCCCCAGUUAUCCCUCAUCCAUAUCUAUCAGACCGAUCCCUAGCCCUUCAUUAGAUAGGAAAUUAAGAGCUUUCAUUAUUAUUAUCAUCCUGAUCCCACCCAAAAAACAAAUAGCC